CAGGGGGAGUGGGAGAGGUGAGGAGCUGGGAGUGUUGUGUGAAAAGACGGAGACAAAAGAGGCUGCGGCUGCUUUCAGAGCGGCUGCUCUGUCCGUCUGCGAACCGCAGCCCCCCCGCGCCCCACCCCCUCCUCCACGAGGGCCUCGCGCCUCAGAACGGAUACAGAACCGGAGCUCUCCGCCUGCGGUUCGGUGCUCGUCGCUGGACUCGCUCCUCCUCGGACAGGCCGCGUCUCUCUCUCUCCGCUCCGUUCGGCUCCGGCGCGCGUUCGUCCGUCCGCAGCGGCGCGGGCUCGGAGAUCCAGCCCAGAACAAAGGAGCGUCGGAGCCCGCGGGAUGAGCGAGUCGAGACUGGCCCUGGCGCUCUCCUGAAAGCGGGCCAAGUGCCUCCGUGAGAGCUGCCCGCGCGCACCGGCCGCUCCACUUUUCCAGGCGACGCUUUUCCCGGCUCAGAAAGGAGAAAGAGGCACGAGGACGCACCGCGAGACCCCCCCUCCCCCGGUCACAAUGUUCCCCCAGAACCGACCUCCGGCUCCUCUGCAGCCUCCUCCUGGGUCCUCGGCCUCGGUGGUGGCGGCCGCCGCAGCCGCUGCCGCCGCAGCUUCAGGCACUCCCCAGUCACUGAAACUGACCUACCCGGAAACUCUGGACCGCAUCAAGGAGGAGUUCCAGUUCCUGCAGACGCAGUACCACAGUCUGAAGCUGGAGUGUGAGAAACUGGCCACGGAGAAGACGGAGAUCCAAAGACACUACGUUAUGUAUUAUGAAAUGUCUUACGGCCUUAACAUUGAAAUGCACAAACAGACGGAGAUUGCCAAGCGGCUAAACGUGAUCUGCGCUCAGCUCAUCCCAUUCCUGUCACAGGAGCAUCAGCAACAGGUGGUCCAGGCGAUGGAACGUGCCAAACAGGUGACCAUGGGGGAGCUAAAUGCUUCGAUAGGGGUACGUGGGCUCCCCCCUCUGCCUAAUAGCCAGCAGAUCCAGGCGCAGCACCUCUCCCAGCAUGCCCAGGGCCUGCCGGUGGGCCCGCACCCCUCGGGGUUGCCCCAUCCCGGCCUGACGCUUGGAGGCGGGUCGGGCUUGUUGGCCCUGUCUGGGGCUUUGGGGGCCCAGCUCGCGGCCAAAGAUGAGAGGGCGCAUCUUGAGGCGGCAGCAGCUGCUGCUUCUGCAGCCGAACACCACAGAGAUCGUGAAGCGGGACCUAGCUCUCUGUCCAACGGGGAUAAGGGGCGUCCGGCAGACUACCUCAGCAACGGCAAGAAGAGGAAAGCUGAUGAGAAGGAGUUCAUGACGGACUAUGGCAGCGAUGCAGACAAGAGCGACGAUAACCUGGUGGUGGAUGAGGACCCGUCGUCCCCCCACAGCGUGCAGUCGUACUCGUCCAGGGAGAACGGUCUGGAUAAAAUGCCCCCAUCCCGUAAAGACGGCCCCCCCCAGGCCAGCCCAACCUCCUUGGCCUCGUCCAGCAGCACUGCCUCCCCCUCUCGUGGCAAAGAGCCCCCACAGAGAGAGAAAUCAAGCACGCCAGGGAUGAAGCCGGGGACCCCCAUGUCCCAGGAGUCCAGCACCCCAGGACCCAGCGGGCCCCCGCAGUUCCGACCAGUUCCAGGAAAGCCGGGCGUGGACCCCCUGGCUUUGGGGCUGAGGAACCCCCUGGCCGUGCAGGGAGCGUACCCCCCAGGAGCCUUCGGCCUGCCUCCCCCCGGGGUGAACGGAGACCUGCCUGGGGCGGCGGGCUACGGCGCCGGCCUCCACCUGGUUUCCCCUCAGAUGAACGGAGCGGCGGCGGCUGCGGCGGCGGCUGCUGCAGGUUAUGGGCGGUCCCCUGUGGUGGGCUACGAGUCUCCACAUCCUCACAUGAGGGUCCCGGGACUUCCUGCCAGCCUCCAGUCGGCCUCAGGAAAACCCGCCUACUCGUUCCACGUCAGCGCAGACGGGCAGAUGCAGCCGGUGCCGUUCCCCCCCGACGCCCUGCUGGGGCCGGGCAUCCCGCGCCACGCCCGUCAGAUCCACACGCUGAACCACGGCGAGGUGGUGUGCGCCGUCACCAUCAGCACCUCCACCCGCCACGUCUACACCGGAGGCAAGGGCUGCGUCAAAGUGUGGGACAUCAGCCAGCCGGGGAGCAAGAGCCCCAUGGCCCAGCUGGACUGCCUGAACAGAGAUAACUACAUCCGCUCCUGCAAGCUGCUGUCGGACGGGCGGACCCUGAUCGUGGGCGGGGAGGCCAGCACUCUGUCCAUCUGGGAUUUGGCCACGCCCACUCCACGCAUCAAGGCGGAGCUGACGUCGUCCGCCCCCGCCUGCUACGCUCUGGCCAUCUCCCCCGACAACAAGGUGUGCUUCUCCUGCUGCAGCGACGGCAACAUCGUGGUCUGGGACCUGCACAACCAGACGCUGGUCAGGCAGUUCCAGGGCCACACCGACGGGGCGAGCUGCAUCGACAUCUCCAACGACGGAACCAAGCUCUGGACGGGAGGCCUGGACAACACGGUCCGCUGCUGGGACCUGCGGGAGGGCCGGCAGCUGCAGCAGCACGACUUCACCUCACAGAUCUUCUCUCUGGGCUACUGUCCCACCGGCGAGUGGCUGGCCGUUGGGAUGGAGAGCAGCAACGUGGAAGUCCUGCACGUCUCCAAACCCGACAAGUACCAGCUGCACCUCCACGAGAGCUGCGUCCUCUCCCUCAAGUUUGCGUACUGCGGUAAAUGGUUCGUGAGCACUGGAAAAGAUAACCUCCUGAACGCGUGGAGAACGCCGUACGGAUCCAGCAUAUUCCAGUCUAAGGAGUCUUCAUCAGUUCUCAGCUGCGACAUCUCCCCCGACGACCAGUUCAUCGUCACGGGUUCUGGAGACAAGAAGGCCACAGUCUACGAAGUCAUCUACUGAACUCUGAACAACCAGGGGGCGGAGCCAGGGCUCCCCGCCGCACCAAUGACUGUAGAGCAUGGGCGGCGUGGAAACCAAGAGACUCUCAGCUCGUCCUUUUGUUUAGUCACGAGAAUGAAAAGGAAAAAGUCGAAUCUCUGGAACACGAACGAUGAUGUCUGACCUCUGAGGAUGCUAGUCGAUAGCUGUGCAGACGCGGAUUCCUCCAAAGAGCUUCUUUUCUUACGUUGUUUUGAUUUUUUAAUGAAGCGUCCGUAGUGAUCAAGAAAAAUCCUUAUUUUUUUAUCUUUUGAAUAUGUUGCAAACAGCUGGAUUCUCAGAGCGUCGGAGGAGCAUGAAGGCACGGGCCGGUCUCGACCCGGGCCGGUCUUGACCCGGUCCGACCUCGACCCGGUCCGACCUCGACCCGGUCCGACGCUCCGCUUCAGCAGCACCAUGAUUGUAUCAUUUGUGCGUCCCGACAGAACCGGACCGGGUUUCCUCAGAUGUGCGGCCACGAGUUCUUCUUAAAAAUGACAGAUUUUCAGGAACCAGGAAGUGGAAUUCAGUUUAAGAAGAAAAGUGGUCAGACUUCUGCUGCAUUCAGUUGACCUUUAAAGCUCAAAUUUAUGUUUUUUCUUUUCUUUUUCGUUAGGGCACAUAUAGACGGAGUGACUGGGAUUUUCUUAACUACCAUCGUGAUCCUUGCUAUAUAUGAACCUGUAAAUAAAGUUCUUUCAGGAA